GUCACUUCACAUGCAGCACGCGUCUGCAGAGAGCGCGCCGGGGGCUUCCCGCGUCCUUCACACUGCACACGCGCCACGACAACGCGAGCCGGGACCCACCUGACUGUCGGCGAGACACUAUCUCGUGCUCUUUGUGUUUUUCGGCAAAAUCAUCAUAGGUCUCCGUCGGAUAUCUGAUUGUGGAGCUGGUAUAGCUCAGUCUGCUAUCUCACUGUCAGGACGAAUCGGAGGGGACUGAAAAGGAGCAGAACGUGCUGCGACUGCGAAGAGGGGAACCUGAGCAACUAUUGACACCUACAGCCCGGCGCAUUGUGGACCGGGUCCGAACAACGUUACAAGAGAUCCGGGGAGGAAGAGGAGGAUCGCAAUCAACCCCUUUUUAUUGUAUCUGAGCUGAGACCAUUCAUAUAUUGCCACCGAAGAGGCGUGUCCACUGCUUCUCCUGCCUCUUUAUCCAAUUGGAAUUGGCGGUCAUCGCUCAUCGGUUUACGAUCAAAGCGCGUAGAAAAACAACCGGCUAUACCCGACUAAUCAGAAUCGAGCGGUGUUUUUUCCCGCUUGGACAUGCUGUAGUUGUUGUUGGUGAUUUUUUUUUCAUUGUUUUUAUUUGAUUUGAACCUACUAUGGCUUCGUUGUAUCAGAGAUUUUCGGGGAAAAUCAACACGAACAAUUCCUUCCCGCACCCGCCGCCCGAAGCCAGCCGCCUCCUGGGGGGGCAGGUAACGGACGAGGAUAACGGCGGGAAGCCCCGCGAGCCGGUCCUCGUGGAGGCUCGGGUUCACGUGCCGUUCCGGAAGAAGAGGAGUGAGGACGAGGCUGACCUGGUCGGCAGCGCCCCCCCCCAGAGGAACUGGAGGGGCAUCGUAAUCGCCCUGCUCGUCAUCCUCAUCAUCUGCUUCCUCAUCGUCACCUCCGUCGUCCUGCUCACCCCGCGGGAGGAUGACAGCAUGGCCGGGAAGAAGAAGGUGACCGUGGAAGACGUGUUCGGCUCGGCCCUGCACAUCCAUCAACCUGAGGGCACAUGGCUGAGUGACAAUGAACUGCUGUUUCGCUCAAGGGACGGCAACGUGCUCAGAUUCAACGCGGACACACUGGAGAAGCACAUUCUGGUGAACAGCAAGAUGUUUGAAACAUACAAAGCCACCAAGUACCAGCUCUCCCCUGACAUGCAACACGUGCUGCUGGCCUACGGUGUGACUCCGGCCUACCGGCACUCCUAUGCAGCCAGCUACAUCGUCUGCAGCCUCGUGAACCCGCAGACAUGGAGCCUGAGCCCACCUGAGGUAGGCCUGGCUCCCCUGCAGUACGCCGGAUGGGGCCCCAAGGGCCAGCAGCUGAUCUUCAUCUUCGAGAACAACAUCUACUACCGAGCGACGGUGGGCGGUCCUACCAUCCGGCUGGUCUCCACCGGAGAGGAGGGCGUCUUCAACGGCCUGGCCGACUGGCUCUACGAGGAGGAGAUCUUCAAGACCCACAUCGCCCACUGGUGGUCUCCCGAUGGACUCCGGCUGGCUUACACCACCAUCAACGACACCCUGGUGCCCAAGAUGGAGGUCCCCAUCUUCACAGGGGGCCCUUACCCCAACGGCAUGGAGUACCACUACCCCAAGGCGGGCGAGGGGAACCCCACCAUCAAGCUGCUGGUGGUGAGUCUGAACGGACCCCUUCACACGGUGGAGAUGGUCAAACCUGAAGACCCCAGGAUCAGCAGGGAGUACUACAUCACCAUGGUGAAGUGGACCUCCAGCACCAAGCUGGCGGUGAACUGGCUGAACCGCGCGCAGAACAACUCCAUCCUGACGCUGUGUGAGGCCACCACGGGGGUCUGCAUCAAGAAACACGAAGAUGAGAGCGAGAGCUGGCUGCACCGGCAGAACGAGGCUCCGCUGUUCUCCCACGACGGGUUCAAGUUCUUCCUGACCCGGGCCAUCCCCCAGGGUGGUCGCGGGAAGUUCUUCCACAUAUCCAUGUCCAGCUCUAAGCCGAACUCCAGCAUCGACAUCCUCCAGUCCCUGACCUCGGGGGGCUGGGACGUCGACACCAUCCUGGCCUACAACCACCACGAGAACCUCAUAUACUUUCUGAGCACAGAGGACGACCCCAAACGAAGACACCUGUACAGGGCUAUAACCAUCCCUCCAUUCAACCGCUGCUGCCUGUCCUGCAACCACCAGUGUGGCUACGUGGACGGAACCUUCAGCCACAACAUGAAGUACUUCCUGCUCAACUGUAAAGGACCGAAAAUCCCAAGCGUGUCCAUCUACAGAACCGAGGGCUACAAGAAGCUGUGUGACCUGGAGACCAACGAGGAUGCGAACACCUCCUUCGAGGGCAUGCAGAUGCCCCUGGUGGAGAACAAGACCAUCACCAUCGACGACUACUCGCUGACCGUGCAGAUCCUGAAGCCCGCCGUGUUCGAUGAAGCCGCGUUGUACCCCCUCCUGCUGCUCGUGGACGGGACCCCCGGGGGCCAGACGGUGACGGAGCAGUUCUCGGUGGACUGGGCCACGGUGCUGGUGAGCAGCUACAGCACGGUGGUGGUCCGCUUCGACGGCCACGGCAGCGGCUUCCGCGGCACCAACCUGCUGCACAGCGUCCGCAGGAAACUGGGUCGGCUGGAGGAGCAGGACCAGCUGGAGGCCCUCAGACUCAUAUCCAAUGAGCCCUACAUCGAUAAGACCAGGAUGGGCGUGUUCGGAAAGGUGUAUGGAGGGUACCUGGCCACCGUGCUGCUGAGCUCGGAGGAAAUACAGCUCAAGUGUGGCGUUGCCGUCUCCCCCAUCACAGACUUUGAGCUAUACGCCUCAGCGUUUUCGGAACGCUACCUGGGCUCGCCGAAGACGGAGCCUCGCGUAUAUCAGAUGUCUAAUCUGGCAGUGCAGACCCACCAACUCCAGGACAAGCAGUACUUGAUAAUCCACCCCACGGCAGAUGAAAAGGUGCACUUCCAGCACUCGGCGAAAUUCAUCAGCCAUUUAAUCAGCCAGAAGAGCAAUUACAGCCUACAGAUCUACCCAGACGAGGGCCACUUCCUGCACAGUGCAGGGACACGGCGGCACCUGGGCCAGACGCUGGUCAACUUCUACGAGGAAUGCUUCCGGCUGCCAGACAUACAGUCUGAAGACGACGAAGAAGAGGAAGAAGACGACGACUAAACCCUGCCCCGCUCUCUGCCGUCAUGGCACGACGGUCACCUACUAUAGCACAAUAUGCAACCGAUCUCCUCUUUCUCCCUUUUUAAAUCCGUCACUCCACUUGCUGCCCCCUUGUGGUUUGUAGCUGUACUUUUGAGGCGCAGUACAUGCAUGUGCAAAAAAAGCGCCCUGAUCUUCUUCCUCCUUCUCCUCCUCCUCCUCCAUGGGCUGACAAGGGACCAGUCUGUACAGCUGUUCACGCCCCAUGGGUUGAAUAGCAAUAGAUCCCAUAGGUAAUUUUUCUGUCAUGGACUUUAGUGUUGGAGGAGCCUCUUCUUGCGCUCCCCCUGGUGGCCGAGUAGAGGAACAACACAAUCUUGUCUGAGGCCUUUUGCGUCCCCCUCUCACAGACACACUACUACGCACACCAAGAAGAAUGCUUUACAGCACAACGUAUCCCCAUGUGAAGAUUCUCAUCCUCGACUUCAUCUUUUAGAUCGGACUCGUUAAGAAUCUGACAGCAUCUGUUGACUCACAACCCUUCUGAUUAUUGUGUUUAUGGCUUCUGGUACGUGAUUCUUUGUGUGGAAAUGUGUUGUCCUACAGUCGUGUUUUGGCUAUGCACAGAUGUCGUCUGGCGACAUGAACUUGUACCGCUAACCAAAAUGAGGGGAUGACGCGUCAUGUUGCUCCGAAUCGAAAAUGUGUCCAAGAAAACCGAUCAAAUGUUUUCCUGUCCUGAUGUUUUGAUUGAUCUGUGGUGUUACUUUAGUCACUGUGCCUUAAUGUGGGUGUGCUCAUUAUAAAGAACCCACAAUUUCCUCAAAAAUACGAAUGGUCUCCAUUGAGGUGCACAUUCACAUAAGUUAAGACAACUCACACAUUUAAUUAUUGUACAUCAAUUAGCUCAGUGGGCAGUGUUGCCAGAUUGGGACAGAUUUCCCGCCUAAUCUGGCAAACCUGUCUGAAGCGUGGUUUGUUCGUAGAACAUUUCAAGAAGAUUUGCUUGACUCCCUCCCAGACAAAAAGGCCGAUCAAUAUCUGAUCCGAGAGCGGUCCUUUAACAUUGGAGGUACCUCCCCAGUGGCUCGUUAUCUAUUUUGUUAAUCGAUUCAUUCGAUCCGUGUUCAGACUUAACCCGCUCCCAACGUCACACGUUAGUAACGUCAGUGAGUUUCUAGUCAGCUGUUGUACAAAUUGUAUAAAAUCUUAUUGUUUCAAGUCUUUGUUGUGUGUGAUUGCGCAACUUGUACAUAAAGCAUUUUUAAAAGUGACCGACCCCGAUUGUCUGAACGUAUCGCAUCAGAACUGCUCGGGAAAGUUCCGUUUAUCGUUUGGGUCGCUUGUGGCGCUCAGGAGCAAACAAGAACCACGGUUCCAGUUUAGGUGCGUCACGAUCAAACUGCGCCUCAUCUCAAUAAAGAACCAGAGACGCG